CGCGGGAAGGACGGGCGUGGUUUGACCGCGUGUGCGGGAGAAGCGUGAGGCGGGUGCUAGCAUGAGCGGGUGUGCGGCUGAGGCGCGCGGAAGGGGGUGGACUUGGGCACGUGCGUGGGACGAGCUGUGGAGUGGCCACUCAGAGGCAAGGGCUUUCUUAAAGAGACGGUUAAGAGGGGCGGGCAUUUUGAGAGGCUAACUAAGGUGGAUGGGAGCUGACGUGUAGGGAAAGGUAAAGGAGGAAUGAGGAGUUCAGAGAAGCGGGUAAAUAGAGAAACAAUUUGAGUCGGUUGUGGAGCUGACGGUGCCGGGGAAGGUAGUUUAGCGAGUCUGCAGCAGAGUCGGCUUGAACGGGGGGGAGGAGGUUGUAUGCUAGUAUUUGGUCUGAGCUAAAGUAGAGGAGCGGGGAUCAGGAGGUGGCUGUAGUAGUCGUAGUGAAGAAUUUUGGCGAGGGGUAGCCUUUUUGAAGUUAGGGUUUUGCGGCGACCUGUAGCAAUGGAAGCGUGGAGAGAUGAGAGAGCAGAUGAUGAGAGAUGAGGUGAGUCGCGCGUGUGUUUGCAGGGUAUUUCCGAGAAUUCUCUAAAAUACCCUGCGAAUUCUCUAAAAUAUCUUGCAAAUUCUCAAAAAUACCCUGCAAAGAUGAGAGCAGAUGAUGAGAGGUGAGGAUACGGUUAUGGGUAGAUGGGUUGUCCGGAUACAGGUUGAGGGAAGAGGUGGUGGUAGAGACACACGUAGCUGGUAGAGCGGGUCUGGGUUUACAGAGUUGUGAGGAGAGGGAGGGGGUGUGGGCGAUGGACGGUGAGCGGUGGCGCAAGGUGGAGGAGACGGGGAAGCAGACUAGGUGGUUCGACUAGGUGUCCUGUGGAAGGGGACAGUACGGGAGUGAUGGCUUGGAGAGGGGAUAGACGGGGAAAGCAGUGCUGGUGGUGGUGGUGGUGGUGUAGGGGACAUCAUAAAGUGCUAUAGUGUUGAUGGUGCUGAUGGUGGUGGUGAUGGUGGUGGUGGUGUAGGAGACAUCAUAAAGUGCUGUAGUGUUGAUGGUGCUGAUGGUGGUGACGGUGGUGGUGGUGGUGGUGGUGGUGGUGGUGGUGUAGGAGACAUCAUAAAGUGCUAUAGUGUUGAUGGUGCUGAUGGUGGUGGUGGCGGUGACGAUGGUGGUGGUGGUGACGGUGACGGUGACGGUGGUGGUGGUGGUGGUGGUGGUGACGGUGGUGGUGGUGGUGGUGACGGUGGUGGUGGUGGUGGUGACGGUGGUGGUGGUGGUGGUGACGGUGGUGGUGGUGGUGGUGACGGUGGUGGUGGUGGUGGUGACGGUGGUGGUGGUGGUGGUGACGGUGGUGGUGGUGGUGGUGACGGUGGUGGUGGUGGUGGUGACGGUGGUGACGGUGGUGGUGGUGACGGUGGUGGUGGUGGUGGUGGUGACGGUGGUGGUGGUGGUGGUGACGGCGGCUUCUGGCGGUGGUGGUGGUGACGGCGGCUUCUGGCGGUGGUGGUGGUGCUGGCGGGACCUGGCGAUGGUGGUGGUGGGUGCAGCAGGUUUCUUCCUUGAUCCCUUAUGAUGUCUCCUACAGGGGCACCGCUGGUUGUGGAUUCGGUACUGCUUUGCGUCGGCUGAAGUCAACACCAUGGAAGCGGGUAGCUGUGUAGCGGGUGUUCUGCAUUGGUGCGUCUUGCUCGGGUAUCUCGUGGCGGGUACGGCCAUGCUUGGUCUGCUCAAGUCAACACCAGGCAAGCGGAUUGUGGAGCUGUGUAGCGGGACUUAUGGCAGUCUUCUGUCCGCAUUGGGUGUGCCUUUCUCUCAUAGCUGUUGCCUCUGUUGCUGCUGCUGCUGCUGCUGCUGCUACUGCUGUUGCUGGGAGGUCUUCGGUUCCUGCUCUUGUUCUUCGCUGCUCUGUAGCCGCUGCUGCUCUACCUCUGCUGCUCUCUGAUGCUGUAGCUGUAACCCUCCUAUCACCAAACUUCGAUAUCUCCCGAGCCAUCUUCCUGUGACGUGAAGCCUAAUGCCAUUCCUCGACCUUCAAACGUCACAUUUGAUCUCAUCCCCGGCCAACUUCCUCUAUCCGACUGUACGCCAUUCCCCCAUUCGACAAUUCCUUGAUUCGACAAAAUUCCUCCAACUUGACGCCAUUCUUCGAUUUGACAAUUCCUCCAACUUCCUCAAUUUGGCAAAAUUCCUUGAUUCGACAAAACCCUUGAUGGACUUGACACCAUUCCUCGAUCGACUUGACAUACUGAUGGGUGUAUAGUACUGGGGUCUCGUACCUUAUGGUCUUGUAUCGGUCCUGUACAAUCGUUGUCUCUUUUUGGGCUGUCGGGGGGUCUUGUUGUCGUACAGUCGUGGUCUUAUCUGUCUCUUACUGCUGUGGUCGUACUGCUGUGCGCAUAAUACCGGGGGGCCUCGUACUGAUCUUCUACCGGUCGUGCAAUCGUGGUCUUCUGUUGGGCUGUCGCGGUCGGUCUUGUUGGUCUCAUUGGUUUCUUACUGCCGUGGCUUCUUACUGUCGGUCGCCUGCUGUGGUCGCAUACUACUGUGGUCUAACUACCAUGAUCAUUUGCUGGUCUCGUACUACCCUUGUCCAAGUGGUCUCGUUCUACCUGUCUCAAAAGUACUGAGGUCUCGUUCGACGUGUACCAAUACUACUGAGGUCUCGUCCUAGGUGUCUCAACUACUGAGGUCUCGUUCUAGCUA